AUGCCGGCCAAGAAAAAAAAGCCAGUGAGCACUUCCUCGCUCAGAGUGGGGGCUUCUCGCGGCGGCAUCUUCUCACGGCAUAGGUCAUUACGUCCAGGGGACUUUCAAUCUCCCCCGAUCCGAUAUUUUAACAUCAAGUUGCAUCUGGUGGAGGCUGAUGAGGUCUAUACGGUGCCUGAGUGUCACCGCGACUUAACCAUAAGAAAUCUGAAGAACCGUCUGGAGCUCUUAGUUGGGAUCCCUGUGAAUUUCCAACGCCUCCACUACCUGGAUAGAGGUGAGUUCCCUCUUCUACAAUCAGCAAAAGUGUUACGGGAAAUGAAUCUACCUUUCAGAGUUAGACCAGCUAAGCUGGGAGUCGGCAUCCAAACCUGGAUACAGUGGUACCUUGGGUUACAUACGCUUCAUGUUACAGACUCCGCUAACCCAGAAAUAGUACCUCGGGUUAAGAACUUUGCUUCAGGAUAAGAACAGAAAUUGAGGUCCGGCGUUGCAGCGGCAGCAGGAGGCCCCAUUAGCUAAAGUGCUUCAGGUUAAGAACAGUUUCAGGUUAAGAACGGACUUCCGGAACGAAUUAAGUACUUAACCCGAGGUACCACUAUAGUUUCAAGAGCUGUCUACCAAAAAGGGCGACUUUGUAUUGAUGGUUACCUGUUUAUUGCCAGCUUCAAGUAUUGUAACAUUCAUGACUAUAUGAUUUUAUAUGCCACAUAUACAGCCUGGGCUGUAUGUAUUCUAUGAUUAAAGUGUCAUUCUGGACACAAGCAAUCCAGAUUCUGUGCUAAGGAAAGCUGAAUUGUAUUAAUUAUACCAAUAUAAAUAAUUUCAUUUCGUACAAUUCCCUACUUUUUUGUAUAAUUCUGGUUCUUCUAGUUUUGAGAGGGGCAAAGAUACCGAUGCCCUAUCCUUAAUCACUUAAAAUUUUAUUCAGUUGCCCCUUUCUGGCUUCUAAGAUUUUUGCAGGCAAUGCCCACAAACUUUGAAGUCUAUUUUUUAAGCCUCAAGGAACCUGAAUUAAUAACCUUUAGUGUCGGUUUCUAGCUUCUGUAAUGUCUGGCAAAUGGAGCUGAGAAGCAGCAUAGUCUUUUUCAUAUAGAAAUAUUGGUUGUCAUAACAUGAAAUAUUUUAUGUUUAGUUGCUUUAGGAGUCAUCAUUAGCUGUUUGCUUUUAAUAAUUGUUAUAAAAUACGUUACGUGAAUUUGUAGACUGUUUAGCUGUUGAUCCAAUUUGUUUUGCAGUUGAUCCAGUACAACAUUUGCAGUUCUACCUCCCUAAAUCUAUCGUUUUGAGAUCGCUUAACUGUACAUGGGUGGGUUAGUUUACUAAGCAAGUCAUUAUUUGACCAAGAAACAAAUGUUCACGAGAAAAAGGAUAUUAUGGUACAAGACACAGAAUUUUCAUGCUGGUAAUUUCUGCUGCCAUUAAGCAAUCAUAGCAAACCCUAGACCAUAUGGGUUUGAAGACAGGGUUGAAAGAAUGUGGUCAGAAUCUAGAACAAUCAAAAAGGUUUGGCUGUUCCUGCAGAGACUCUUGUCGUGAACUGCUUUAAAGUUUGGCCAGAAUUCUAGCUUUAAAAAUCCAUUUUAAAAAUAAAUUAUAUAACCUUUAUAUCCCACAUUUCCGCCAAUAAACCCAUGAUGGUGUACAUUGUUCUCUCUAUCCCAGCCCCCGCACUUUACCCAUACAAAACCAAUCCUGUGAGAUAAGAAGAAGAAAAAGAGUUUGGAUUUGAUAUCCCGCUUUAUCACUCCCCUUAAGGAGUCUCAAAGCGGCUAACAAUCUCAUUUCCUUUCCUCCCCCACAACAAACACUGUGAGGUGAGUGAGGCUGAGAGACUUCAGAGAAGUGUGACUGGCCCAAGGUCACCCAGCAGCUGCAUGUGGAGAAGCGGAGACGCGAACCCAGUUCACCAGAUUACGAGUCUACAGCUCUUAACCACUACACCACACUGGCUCUCUCCUAUAUUGUCUAUAGGUAGACCUAUAGGCAAUGACUGGCCCAACACCACUCAAUGAGUUGCAUGACAGUUGGUUAGAGCAAUGUGCUGAUGAUAAUGCCAAGGUUGCCGGUUGAAUCCCUGUGUGGGACAGUUGCAUAUUUCUGCAUUGCAGGGGGUUUGGACUCUCAGAGUCCUUUCCAACCCUACAAUUCUAUGAUUUGAACCCUGGUCUUCCAGAUCCAUGUCUAGCACUUAAGUGCACCACACUGGCGACAACCUUCUUUGUUUUCUCUUCUUGGUUGCUUCAAUGUUUUGAUUUAAAAAACAACAACAACAACAACACAACAACAAUUAAUUGCCUUUCUACGAGAUACCCAGAUUACCCUGGGCUGUGUAUAGAUGGCUCAAAAUUCAGGGCUGGCUUAAAUGGCUGCUUUGUGGAGGCACAGGUGAUCCCUGUGCAUAUUACAGGGACUAGGGACUAGGGAUGCUUUGUGGAGGCACAGGUGAUCCCUGUGCAUAUUACAGGGACUAGGGAGAAACCAUAAAUUCACACCCUAAAAUGUAGCUGUUAAAUGUCAGUGCCUUUCAAGUCACCCUGAGAUCUUCAAGUGGACUGAUGUUUGCUCCCUUUCCGCCCCACAAAUUGAUCUUGGUCUUUCAACCCUCCUUUUCGCAUCUCGAUCGUCAUCUUUUGCCUUUCAACCUUCUGAAGUUUUUUGAAUUAUCUCCUCCCGCAGUGGAUCUCAGUGACCUCUCUAUGUUCAAGCAUAAUGACAUUAUUCCUGGAGGAACCAUCACCAUGCGAAUUUGGCCAGAAGACUCCUGGGGGCAAUUGGUGACUGCAGCUGUGACAGGAAACAACAAAAAGGUUGGUUUUCUUUUCUUUUCUAAAUGGGGGGGGGGGUGUUCCUUCUACAGAAACUGCGGCAGGUGAUUUGUGAUUUAUGUUGAGGAAACCAACGUUGCCAUCGUAGGAGAGGGGAUGUUAAUGUUGUCCCCAUGUCGCACACUGCUGUUGUUUCAUUCUCAGUUUCUCUUUUUGCACAAAUGUUUUACCGUGUCAUAAAAAGUCAGAGGAUAUAUGUGCAUUUUUGACAUACAUCCUCUGCCCAGUACCAAAGUACACCUUGAAUACAGCACAAGAUCUCAAAAUCACAAGGUGCUUAGCAGAAACAGUGGGAGCUUAAUACUUCUGGCACCUUGUUAAAGCAACUAGUUGCUUGAGACAUUAAAUGCAGCCACAUAAUAAUCUAGAGAUGCUACCUUGGUGCUUGUUUGUAUCCGGCAGCACCAGUUUGGCUCCUUUCCUUAAAGGAUAGUGGCAUUUCCAUAACUUCCUUUACUCACACUUUUCUCACAGGUUGUACAAUGACAAUAAAGGCAUUAUUAUUAUUAGAUGCAUAAGAGAGAGAAUCUUCACUUACAUUAUUCAGGGUCACCAUUUUGCUCACUGCGUGAAGUUAAAAUUGGCACUGCUUAACUUGCUUUAGCUUGAUAUGUUGCCAAGUCUGAUAAAACAGGAACAAUAUCAAACCAAUAACCCCUUAACCCUCCUAAAACACAUUUAAAAGGGUGUUUGAUGUAGUCAGCCAAAGGCCUGGUUGAAAAGGAACGUUUUUGCCUGGCACCUAAAAAUGUAUAAUGAAGGCGCCAGCUGAAGCUCCCUGGGGAGAGCAUUCCACAAACAGGGAGCCACUGCAGAGAAGGCCCUUCUCCAUUGUCAACCUGUAGCUCCCCAACCUCGCUGCUGCCCAUCCCCUUCUUCAUGAGUGCAGCGGCCUGUCAUUAUUGACCCCUGCUGAGACUAUAUUAUUGGCAAAACCUAGCCAGACCUAGCAGAGUAAACGCAGAAUCCAUGGAAGAAAUGGGCGACUUGGCUGCAGACAGGAUAGACGAAGCAGGAACCAGGAACUUGUAGUUAGGUGUUAAUUAUAUACAGUGGACUAUUUAGAGGAACAGAACACAGAUCUUUUGCUAGCUCUCUCUGACACAACUCACAACCCCUACACUGAAACAGAACUCUAAACUCCAAACUCUGAACACUGAACUCCUGAACUAACACAUUCCAGUUAGUAGCCCAUUAAUUAUCACUCCCUUGAGAGAGCUUGACCAAUCAGGGAGCGGUCUCCAUGUCUCCGUUAUCACCAGGCAGACUUACUCCUUCAGAUUGCCUUCUGGCUGUCUGCCAAACCUUAAUUGACUCUGUGUGAGUAGCUGCACGUACACAGUUUCCCAACAUAUAUAGGGAAAAAUUAUUAUUUUUUACUUACGGCAUCAAUAGCCAGGCUGCUUUCCCCCUACCCCUUCACAUCUUGCUUAACAUAGAAUCGUAGAAUUGUAGAGUUGGAAGGGACCACGAGGGUCAUCUAGUCCAACCCCCUGCAAUGCAGGAACCUUCUUCCUAACAUGGCUGCUCGAACCCCUGACCCUGAGAUUAAGAGCAUCCUGCUCUACUGACUGAGCGCUGAUGGAGUGUUCUGUUUGGACUUGAAGGCUUGCUCACUGUUUUGUGUCAUGCUCAGUUGCCAUAGUAUAUAAAAGGAUAUUGAAAUGUUUCAGAACAAGGGUUGCAGUUUAACCCUUAGCCAUGCUUGGUUUAUGUAGUCCAUCUCUCCCGCUUUAUUGGAUGAAUUGCCUUCUGAUACAAACUUCUAUGGCCUGCAGCGGGAUUGGCAAACAGCACCCCGGGCAGUGACAUCAUUAUCCUUGCUGUGAAAUAAGCAAAGGAGCUUCAUCCCUAGCCCAGUACAUCACUGCUGGGAGGGAACGCCAAAAAAGAAUGAGAUAACUGAGUUCAAUACCAGUUUGGAAGUGGCCGCUGAGACCAUAUAACACCGGUCCUGAAAGAUCUUCAUUGGCUCCCAGUAUGCUUCCGAGCACAAUUCAAAGUGUUGGUGCGGCCCAGUAUACCUGAAGGAGCGUCUCCACCCCCAUUGUUCAGCCCGGACACUGAGGUCCAGCUCUGAGGGCCUUCUGGCAGUUCUCUCACUGCAAGAAGUGAGGUUACAGGCAGAGGGCCUUCUUGGUAGUGGUGCCCACCCUCUGGAACACCCUCCCAUCUGAUGUCAAGGAAAUAAACAGCUAUUUGACUUUUAGAAGACAUCUGAAGGCAGCCCUGUUUAGGGUAGUUUUAAAUGUCUGUUGUUUUAUCACAUUAUUAUUAUUAUUAUUAUUAUUAUUAUUAUCAUCAUCAUCAUCAUCAUUAAUCCUGUUGGGAGCCACCCAGAGUGGCUGGGGAAACCCAGCAAGAUGGGUGCGGUAAAUAAUAAUAAUAAUAAUAAUAAUAAUAAUAAUAAUAAUAAUUUGAACUCUCUAUAUAAGCUGCCCUGGCAAUUUGGGCUCUGAAUGAAUAAAUACCGUACCCUAACAAUAUCUCUGUCUCCCUGAAACCAUCCAACCUUCACAUUCACAUUAAAUCAAGCUUCCUCAACCUCAGCCCUCCAGAUGUUUUUGGCCUACAACUCCCAUGAUCCCUAGCUAGCAGGACCAGUGGUCAGGGAUGAUGGGAAUUGUAGUCUCAAAACAUCUGGAGGGUCGAGGUUGAGGAAGCCUGCAUUGAACAGCCUUUGUCUGCUAAUCUGCAUGCAUUUGGGAAGGAUAUUAGGGUUGCCAUAUUCUGAAGAGCGAAGAAAGAGGACACAUUUGCAAACUUCUACUUUGAACUAUGGAUCGCUAUGACGACUCUCAUUUUACAUACCCAUGAGGGAAAGGAUGUGUCCUGGGAAAAGGGGACAUAUGGCAACCCUAACAUUUCCAGCAUAUCGGUUUAUUUUCUACACUGCCCUUCCCACAAUGAUUCAAUCCUCACAUAAUGACGAGUCUGGCAGAGAAGUCCAGAAGCCAAAUGGGAGGCGAUGCUGCAAAGCCGCUGACUAGAUAAACAGGAAAAAUGUUGCCCAUCUUCUACUGCCUUUCCAACAGCUUGGGAUUCGCUCACAGCAUGCAAUAGGUUUCCUCCGAGUCUGUUUAAAUAAUGAGUCAAUACUUGUUUUGUGUCUUCCAUUGCCAGAUUGUUGUUGCAGGAGGUUCAAUGUCUUCCACAUUUUCCACGGCCUAUUCCACAUCCCUGGGACCAGCGGAGAGGAGCGAAUGGUUAGCACACCGAACCUUUGUGGCUUUAUUUAUCAAUGCGCGCAGGGGUCGUUUGGAUGCAGUGGAUUUCCUGAUUCAAAAUGGUAGCAUCCCUAUAUUCUGAAGGGGCCCUUGUAGCUGUCUAAGGCUGAUGUUUUCAAUAUUGCAAGGCUCAAAGCUCAAGGUGGUUAGGAAUAAAUAAGUGAAUUGCUUCCAAACAUUGUAGGAAAGUGAAACACAGUUUCAGUCCAAUGUAAAAACCAGGGUAAAAAUAGGUAAAAUUACAAAGAUAGUAUAAUAACAAAUGGACUUGUCUGUUGAGCUGAAACUUGAUCAAAACCCUUAUAUGACCAAUAUAACCAAAAUUUGUCCAAGACCAGAUGCUUUUUAGCCCAGCUGGUCGUCUUUAGUGGUCAGAAGAAAACUAUUACAGUGGUACCUCAGGUUAAGAACUUAAUUCGUUCUGGAGGUCCAUUCUUAACCUGAAACUGUUCUUAACCUGAAGCACCACUUUAGCUAAUGGGGCCUCCCACUGCCACCAUGCCACCAGAGCACAAUUUCUGUUCUCAUCCUGAAGCAAAGUUCUUAACCCGAGGUACUAUUUCUGGGUUAGCGGAGUCUGUAACCUGAAUCAUUUGUAACCUGAAGCAUCUGUAACCCAAAGUACCACUGUACAUACAGUUUGAUCACAGAGCAUUAUUCCAAUAGGUUAAUUUGCCUAAAAUUAUUCCAAUAGGUUAAUUUGUCUAAAAUGAUGUGGUGAGGUGGUUGUCAUAUAACACACGGCUAUGAGAUUACUAUGCCCAAGUGGUAGUAACUUGUAGUAUGAGAAGGAACAUUGUUCUGUUCAUUGUGCCCAAUAAACUACACACAUCUUGUCUUCCGAAGCUUAGAUACCCAAUUGUCAACUCCCCACUUACAUUUUCCACAUUGCAAAACUCGAGGAAAUUGACCUGAUAACAGUAGGCCUAAGUCUAUAGCAGUUAUACUUACCAGCAGUGGUGCAAACCCCUGCUCAUCAAAUGAAUCGAGAGAACUGCAUGAAAACCUAUCGCAUUUAUGUGCCUCCCUCAAUCCUACAUAAAUUGCUUUCCUUCCAAGACGAGACUUUUCAGUAAAUUGAGACUGGGAUCCAAAGAACUGCAGAGUGAGUUUCAUGGUCUGCUUCUUCCAGAGAGCUCCACUUGCAAUGAGCUCCCCUAGCAUGUUAUAAAUGUGCACUAGAAUUCUGAAGUGGUGGAAUGUAUUGCACACCGCCUCCAAUUAAAGGUGGGUAACUCCAUUUCCCAAAUGUCCCCCACAUUAAAAAAAAAAAGAGCCUCAGAACCCUUCUGCAAGUUCAAAGCAAGCUAGCACAUCAAGGGGAGAGGCUGUAGCCUGACAGAUACCCUGAGGUGCUGGUUUUCUACUUGUGGUGAAUUGUUCAUAUCAGGAGAAGCAGAAGCCUUUACAAAGAAAGUGUGAAAUGGAAAAGCCAUUGUGCGGCAAAGCCCAGAGGUGGAAAGAAUGCACUGCACUGCAUCCUGUCCACCUCAGGACUUUUGCCAUAUAAUUCUCAACUCAUUCUGUUGCAUUUGCAGAUCAACCCACAGAUCUGCACUUAUCCAUGGAAGAAGCUGGCUUGGAAGGAGGGUUGAGGCAUUAAAGUAAAAAGGCAAUUAAUUACACCCAUAACAGGUCUCAAUUUGGCCCAUGAGUCUCUCUCCUCCAAACCAUGUCCCCCUGCCACGCCAGCAAGGAUGUGGUUACGAAGGGACACCUGAGAGUGCAGAGUGAGCUCCCAAUUCUUUUGCAAGUGGGGCUCACUGGCGAUGCUGAUCAGCUGACCCUGGAGCCCAGUGGGGGAUCUAUUGCAUUAGAGCAGAGAUUUUCAACCUCUUUGCUUCCACGGCUCCAUCGACCAACUACAUUAUUUCUGCGGCUCCCCUUUAGGGAAACGUGGAAGCCCAGUUAUGCCACCCUUUGUCUGCAGAGCCGGCAGCCCCCAAAGAGAGGUGCCUCCUCAUGCCAUCCCCUAGGGGCCUUAGCGGCCCGACAGAGACUGGGCAAAGGUGAAUGUGAAGUCCACACCUUACUCACCUUGGGAGGCAGUAAUGGCAGCAGCAGGCACUGCCACGCCUGCAUGGCAUGGCAAAAUAAUAAUAAUAAUAAUAAUAAUAAUAAUAAUAAUAAUAAUAAUAAUUUAUUAUUUAUACCCUGCUCAUCUGGCUGGGUUUCCCCAGCCACUCCCCAUUGGUGCUCCCCUUUGGCACCGGGCAUGCAGCUCGCAGGCAGGCCUCGCACACAGCUGCACAAGCAAGGCCAGUACGAUGCCUGCCUCCAGGCCAGGCCAGGCCAGGGGGGGGGGGGCAUAUGGGCCACUUGGCCCGGGCCUCUGAUUCCAAAGGAGGCUUGGCCAGCAUACAUUCCCUAUGUAUUUUUAAAAAGCACUAUCUAUAUUUUCCAUUUUGUCUUUAUAUGCAGAUACGGUUCAAGCCUUGAAAUAAAAUUAUUUGUCAGCAUAAUAUUUGUGAAAAUUAUUUAUAUACUUACUUGUUUAUAAGACUUCAGUUAUCCCCAGGGUAAAAAAAAAAGGGGGGGCACAUUAUCUACCUGGCCCGGGCCUCUGCCUGGCUCUGCAAGGCCCUGCCUGCCUGCCUGCCCAGCCUCCCACUUGUCUAUCCAUUCCCAAUAGCAAGGGCUGGCAGACUGGCUGGCUGGGCUCCCUCACCCACUUGCUUGCUUACUCUGAGUCACCUCAGCUCCUGGCAACCGGCACCCCCUGGCCAGCCCCAGAGGCACCAUUCGCCUGGGGAGCUCAUAGCUGGGGCUGCUGCAACAAACAGCUGUGCAAGCCUUUGGGAGGCAGAGAUGCGAGGGGGCAUCAGAGGAGGGAGGGGAGGGAAGAGGGACAGAGGCCAGUGUUGCCUGCGGCACCCCUGACUAUCAUUCAAGGCACCCCAAGGUGCCAUGGCACACUGGUUGAAAACCACUGCAUUAGAGGGUUAAAGGAUUUACAGUGGACGCUCGGGUUGCGAACGUGAUCCAUGCGGGAUGCACGUUUGCAACCCGCAGCAUUCGCAACCUGUGCCUGCACGUCUGCGCAUGCGUGGGUUGCAAUUCGGCACUUCUGUGCAUGUGCAAAGUGCAAUUUAGUGGUUCUGUGCAUGCGUGAUGGCCGAAACCAGGAAAUAAUCCGUUCCGAUACUUCCAGGUUUUGGCGGUCUGCACCUGAAGAAACACAACCUGAAGCAUCUGUAACCUGAAGUAUGACUGUACUGUAUUGUCUUACAAAAGUUUUUUGAUAUGUUAAACUCUGGUCUGUUAGAUCCCUUGUUUUGUGUGCUUCCCCCUCUCCAGGCGCUGAUCUGGCAUAUAAAACGCCGCUGGGUAGAACAGCCCUCCAUGUUGCCGUCACCUCGGGCCACUGCGACUGUAUCGACCUGUUUCUUAGCUACGGGGCCAAGAUUAGCGACGAAGACAAUGAUGGCCAUAAUGCUGUGAUGUUGGCCCGCCUGUGGGGGCAGAAGGAAUGCGAGCGGAGGCUCUUUCGGUACCAGUGGAAGCUGCGGGCAGGCGCAAGUGCUCAGCUCGCUGCUAUCAAGGUCAAAUCAGUGGAUAAAGUGGAACCUUGA